AUGCUCGACGGAUUGCCCGAAUCGCGCGCCACCGUCAACGACUUCAAAACUACAGGAUCAUUCUCGCCCUCUAGAGGCAUGUUUUCGGCAGUUGCAGCACGGGCUGAGACUUUGCCAGCCCUUGAGUUGGAGACAUUGAAGCCCAACAGAUGUUUGACAGAAUGCUCCCAUGAUGACGCCAACAAGGUGACCCAUGUGGUUGUGUUAGAUGCAUCUCCAUUGACCACCGCACAGCUCAACAACAUCCUCUGCAACACUUCACCUUGUGCUAUGCCUUGGGUGUGUGAGGAUACUGACGACGAGCAGAUUAGGAAAGGUGGUGUCAUGCAGCCACUAUGGCCACCACGGGCACCGCCAAGUACAUGGCAGUUGCGGUUCGUGGAACAUACUAUUGCAAACUCAACUGAGCUGAAACCAUGGCCAGAUCCAUGGAUGAGCAAGAGCAGUGGAAGUGGAAGCCGGGACAAGCCACCGUGGGCGCAAAACGCUGUCAGUGUUGGAAAGAGUGACAAGCUUCGGGAGCUCUAUGAGAAAAGUGGGUCAAGUUGGAGGUUAACAAAAUCUGGAACACCUGGAACCAUUGGCAGUUUCGAAGAUAUUCGUUGUGCAAACAAUGUCAUGCAAUAUUCCCCGGUUACUACUGCAUUGUUUCCUGUCUUCUGUGGAGGUCACCAUUCUUUCCCCCGACCCUGCUACAAAGAAAGAUGUUCAUUUCUUCAAAUAUCCCAGCUAUAUGUAGGGCUUAGUUGUGUGAAUAUGACAAACCAGAAGCUUGGGUUGACUGAGUUCCCUGAAGAUAGUCGAUUCACAAAUGUGGAAUCAGCCCUUGUUGCAUUACAUUGCAAGGAGUGUCUUUUUCUAGCAGAUUUUGAGAAAUCAAUAGAUUUGGAUGCUAGUAGAAAUUGCAGUAUUCUUGCGGCUGAAAGAAAGAAGGCUGAAUUUAAAUCUGGAGAUCUUGUGCAGGAUCUUGGUAGAAUAAUCAAGGGUUCUGUUGAGCCAGUUCGUGACCUCCUAUCUCAGUUUGACUAUGCUUUGGGUGCCCUUGGAGCUCUAGUAUUAUAUGAUGGGUUGCUAGCAGAUGAUACUAAUUAUGGAAAUUACACGAUUGAGAAAUACAAUUUGGACUGCUACCUGCGCCUUGCUUCUGCCGUGGUGCGAACAUUGAAUAUUGUUGAAGAAAAAACUGAUGGAAACAACAAAUUUAGUUUGUUUGCUUUCAUGAACAGAGUGUGUACUGCUAGGAUGGGACAAGGACUACUUAACAAAUGGCUAUAUGUAAACGAAGUCAAUAACAGAUUAGAUAUGGUUCAGGCUUUCACAGAAAAUCCAGAGCUUCGUCGGGGUCUUAGGCAACAACUUACAAGGAUAUCUGAUCUUGAUCGCCUAACACACACUCUCCAUAAGAAAUCAGCCAAUCAGCCUGUUGUUAAGCUCUACCAGUCCUGCUCUAGAAUCUCAUACAUCAAGGGUGUUCUUCAACAAUACAAUGGCCAAUUUUCUAGAUUCAGGACAAGGUUCCUUGGCUCUUUUGAAGAGUGGAUAACAGAGAAUCGAUAUGUUCCUUAUGUAAGACCAGACAUCACAACAUCGGAGGGAGGAGAUAUUCUUCUACAAGGUGGUUGGCAUCCAUAUAAAGUGCAAUCAGUUGAGAACUACAUGAAGCUUUCUAUGGGCAAUAUUACUCGAGCCUUUCUAGAAUUACACAUCUCUCCUUCGGGGCAACCUGAUUAUGAUCGACAUGUAGCUUCAGCGCCAGAUGUUCAUAGCAGGGCUUAG